CCAACCAUCAACCUCUCCAUCCUCGAAACCCUCCUCCAUGGCUGCAACUCCUCCAAGCUUUUCCCUCAAAUCCACGCCCAAAUGCUCUCUACUGGCUUCCUCAACGACACCUUCGCCGCAAGCCGCCUCCUUUCCUUCUCCUCUGCCGCUCCAUUCCUCGAUCUCGACUACUCUCGCCGUCUUCUCUUCCAAAUUCACCACCCCAAUUGCUUCUCCUGGAACACCCUCAUGCGUGCUCAUUCUCGCCGGGAUUCCCCUCAAUGGGCGAUCUUGCUGUAUAGAUUGAUGUUGGCUAGUGAUUUGGUUCCGGAUAAUCACACUUUCCCGAUUCUUCUUCAGGCUUCGGCUCUUCGGCUUUGUGGAUUGGAAGGGAAGCAGGUGCAUGCUCAGGCUUGCAGGUUCGGUUUUGAUUCUGAUGUUUAUGUGGUGAAUACUUUGGUGAAUAUGUAUUCUGUUUGUGGUGAUUUGGGAUAUGCGCGCAAGGUGUUUGAUUUUAGUCCCGUGUUGGAUUCUGUGUCUUGGAAUUCGAUUCUUGCGGGUUAUGUUCAGGCUGGGUAUGUUGAGCUAGCGGUUGAGGUUUUUGAUCGAAUGCCUGAACGGAACACAAUUGCUGAGAAUUCUAUGAUUGUGUUGUUUGGGAGGUGUGGGAGGGUUCGUGAUGCUCGCAAGGUGUUUAAUGGAGUGCAUGUGAGGGAUAUUGUGACAUGGAGUGCCAUGGUCUCGUGUUAUGAGCAGAAUGAGAUGUAUCUGGAGGCGUUAGAGGUGUUUUCGGAUAUGCGUAGGGAAGGAGUUUGUGUUGAUGAGAUAUUGAUGGUCAGUGUACUUUCUGCUUGUGCUCGUCUUGGAAUUUUGGAAGGAGGAAAAUCACUUCAUGGAUUGAUUGUUAGAAUGGGGAUUGAUACUUAUGUUAAUCUUCAUAAUGCAUUGAUUCAUAUGUAUGCAAGCUGUGAGGAUAUUGGUUCAGCGGGGGGGUUAUUUGAUUCAGCUGGCAUUGCGGAUCAAAUAUCUUGGAAUUCUAUGAUAUCUGGUUAUGUGAAGUGUGGGCUUGUUGAGGAGGCGAGGAAGUUUUUUGAUGCCAUGCCCCAGAGAGACAUUGUCUCGUGGAGCACAAUGAUUUCUGGUUAUUCUCAGCAUGACCGGUUCUCAGAGACAUUGGAAUUAUUCAGCGAGAUGCAAAUGGAGUCAAUCAGGCCUGAUGAGACCACUUUGGUUGGUGUUAUUACGGCAUGCGCUCGUCUAUCUGCUUUAGAACAAGGGAAAUGGGUUCAUACUUAUAUAAGGAAGAAUAAUUUCAAUAUAAAUGUGUUUCUUGGUACUACUCUUGUUGAUAUGUACAUGAAAUGUGGGUGUGUGGAAACAGCCUUGACAGUUUUCAAUGAGAUGCAAGAAAGAGGUGUUUCUACAUGGAAUGCUGUUAUAUUGGGAUUGGCCAUGAAUGGGCUGGUUGAUGAGUCACUCCGAAAAUUCUCUGAGAUGGAAAAGUGUGGAGUGCUACCAAAUGAGAUAACUUUUGUGGGAGUUCUGGGGGCUUGCCGCCAAGCUGGAUUGGUAGAUGAGGGGCGUCACCACUUUAAUUCAAUGAAAGAAGUCUAUAAGAUAGUGCCAAAUGUGAAGCACUAUGGUUGCAUGGUUGACCUCCUUGGUCGGACAGGCUUGCUUAGAGAAGCAGAGGUACUCAUAGAAAGUAUGCCAAUGGUUCCCGAUGUAGCUACUUGGGGUGCUUUGCUUGGGGCCUGCAAGAAACAUGGUGACACUCAGAUGGGAGAGAGGCUUGGGAAGAAGCUCAUUGAGCUUGAGCCCCAGCAUGAUGGCUUCCAUGUGUUGCUAUCAAACUUGUAUGCAUCAAGGGGGAUGUGGAAUGGUGUUGUGGAGCUCAGAGGCUUAAUGAAGCAAAAAGGAGUUGUGAAAACACCGGGAUGUAGCAUGAUAGAAUCCAAAGGUGUUGUUCAUGAAUUUUUGGCAGGUGACAUAUCUCACCCUCAAAUUAAAGAGAUCAACAAAAUGCUUGAUGAGAUAAGUCAAAGGUUAAAAGUGGAAGGCUAUGAACCAGACACCGGUGAUGUUGCCUUUGACAUUGAAGAGGAGGAAAAGGAAACCUCUAUCUAUAGACAUAGUGAAAAGCUGGCAAUUGCUUUUGGGCUUAUCAGCACAUUACCACCAGAGCCUAUUCGAAUAAUGAAGAACUUGAGGAUAUGUGGUGAUUGUCAUGCUGCAGCAAAAAUCAUUUCCAGAGCUUUCAAACGUGAAAUCCUGAUUAGGGAUCGGAGACUCUUCCACCAUUUCAAAGAGGGUGUUUGCUCAUGUGCAGAUUAUUGGUAAACCAGUUAUACCACUGAGCAAGGUUGACUAUAAAUGUCAAGGAGAUGCUGGUGUAUGGGCCUCUUGGUGUUGACAAGACCAUUGGAGACAAGAGAUUGGUGCUUGGCAGAAUAGGAAGCAAGCCCAGAAGCUUGGAUCAAGCUUGCAGAAGAAACCAAAAGAAAUGUGAGAUUUAUUUGUGUUCCCAAGUGCGAGCAAAGUAUGUGAGGUGGUGAAAGUUGCUUUCCUAUGAUACUAAGGAUGGAAUUGAUUCUAUCAAACUCUGGUGAUGGAAUUGAUUCUAUCAAAUUCUGGUUGGAUUUCAGGGGCUUCAGCAUUUCAUAGCUUCAGUUUUGGUAGCUAUUUAUUGGGUAAACCAGUCUUGUUUUAAAUUUACCUUUUGCUACAAAUAUCUUUCUCUGGGUGGCAAUUGCUUGUGAUUUUGACAGAGCUUUUUACUUAAUGCUUGUAAAGUUGUAGUUUUAUCUUUUCGUGACAACUCACUUCAUUCUCUUUCUAUAAGAACAACUAUGAUAUGAGAAAUUGUACUAACUAUAAAAGAAGUAAGGCUGAAUACAUAUUGAUAAGAUGACCUUGAAGCCUAUUAUUUAGGUAUUGUGGUUAGUUAU